AUGAUGCCAAUACAAUUCUCACUACAAUGUUGGAUUUGCCUUGUGUUGGCCGUGACAACGACUGGUUUGGCCGUGGCAGACCCUGACACGACAACCACAACCACAACCACAACCGCAUCCAUCGCCCCUUCUACAAUCUCUCCCAAUGCGCUGCCAUCCAGCUCUAUGGCUCCUACCGUUUCACCAGUUCCUACUGUUUCUCAAGUGCCCACGGUGAAUAAUUCUACCACGAGUCCAGUUCCCACCACAUCCAAGCCUCCGACUGUGUCUCCUACUUCUUCCGAACCUCCCACGGUAUCGCCGGCUCCUAGCAAGUCACCAGCUCCUUCGGCCUCGGUGGUACCCACUUCCAACAGUACGGAAUCCAUUCCUCCGUCCCAACCACCAUCCGUAUCACCGAGUCCAUCCCAACCACCAUCCAGUUCUCCCGCACCCUCACAGGUUCCCAGCACGGCAGUUCCCAUUCCGCCGCCUCCUCCUCCUCAUCACCACCAUAUUUCGGCAUGGGCCAUUUUGGGCAAGACCAUUGCGUGGUUGCUCAUGAGCGCACUCGCCAUAUUGGCCUUUGGAGCGCUGUUUUCCAAUCGCUAUCGAAUCUAUUAUUGGAUACAAUCGGCUUGGUAUACCUUUUUGGGAUUUCACCUGGUGCGCAAAGUGUUGCGAUUCCUAAGGUUGGAUGGAUAUUUUGCCGGCUAUCGAGAGUCGACUUCCUCCUUGAAUGAAGUUAUUUUUGACAAUGACUUGUCGCAAGGAUUAAUGAUGCAAGAUGCAUAA